AUGGAAUCGAUUAUUAGCAACUACGCCUCCAAUGUGAACGAGCUUGUCCGCGCGUUCGUCUCCGAUGUUUCCACUACUGCUGAGGAUCGAACUACCCUCAUCUCGUUCUUGAACGCUCGACCGAUCCGGCUUGCCUCCGUUGCAUCUUCUUUCAUCGAUACCCCUUACGAUCUUCCCGAUGUUCGUCAGGUUCUUGAUUCGAUUCCCAAAUACCCGUCGUUUAUGGUCGAUGCGCAGGUUUCGGGAUCACCUUCCUUUAGCGGCUCAUUCUCUGCAUCCGAAAAUGACUGCUUUUUCUCGCUUCCCGUCAAACUUCGCCAGGAUAUUGCCAUUCAUCUUCCGACUAGUGACUUUUUGACUCUGCGGCGUGUGUCGAGGGCAUUCUGGCCCGUCUUUCACAGCCAGCAGUUCUGGGCAUCCAAGUUUUUUAUGUACGGCGAGCGUGGAUGGGUCAUCGAGUUCCAAAGGAGAAGCUCCGGCGCGUCGAUUCCGGACUGGAGAUGGUGGUGGCACCGAACACGAGAUUGCAACGAGCGAUGUGGCUCGGACUGCGAUGGCUACGCAUGUCAUUGCGAGGCGCGUGAUCGCGACUAUUGGGCAGAGACGGACUACGAAGGGAGGCGGCCGUGUAGCUGCCACCGUGGAGCCCACCUAGCUGUUCACAGGCAAAGGACACGCGUAUGGCGUUGUGUUUGCUCUUUGCAUAGCAUUUUGAGCGUCGACUGGGAUACGUCUGCCACCUCGGCAGCCCAUUCGCUCCCCGAGGGCAUAUCCUGGGUCGAAGUCUCUGGGACUAUCGAACGUAGAGUACCCCUUUACAAUAGCUUUAGGGAGGGCUGUCGAGUGUUUGAAAAACGGCUCGUAACCAUACCGUCGAAUCUUCGCAGGAUUGGCUUCUCCUUUGUCCGUCUUGACCGCGCAGAGUAUAUUUCGGGAAUAAGACUCAUCACUAACAGCACCGAAGAUGUCAAGCUUGGAUUUCAGUCCAGUACGCACCAGGUUGUCGUGGACGGGUCUGAUAUACGAGGAUUCAUCGUCGCAGCCGAUCAACGGGGUAUUCGGGCGUUACAAAUGAUUACUUCUGAUGGAUGUGCGAGUCGGUGGGUGGGCAACUCAAAGGUCAUACCCAAGACGAGACGUCUCGCUUUUCGAGAAGGUCUAGUAGUCGCUAUAGAAUGCGGAUUCGAUGCGCUGAAGAUGGUCAGCUUGGCCGUUCCCACCCCCGACCCACGCCCUUCUCACGAGAGAAAUAGGCUCCGUGAUAAUGCGUUCUGGUACCCCGACAUCCCCGGCACCCAACUAGAACUCAAUGAGAAUUCAUUCCCCCAGCGAAACCAGGACAAUUCUACCUUUCGACCUAUAGUUUGGAAUUUAUUUGGCGGGUCGGGUGGCAUAUAUCUGCGCAACUUGACUGGAAUCGUCGUAAUCGCUGACAGAAACCGAAUCCUCGGAAUCAAGUUUCAGCAUAACUCGAAGGGAGUACCCGUUGAAUGUCGUCAACUGGGACGAUGGUCAUGGUCCACGGCUCAGGAAGUUUGUCUGCCCAUCGAUGGUCCUAAUGGCGAGCUCUUAACUAGAGUCGACAUCUAUCUUGAGUUCACAAAGUGUGCGGACAGUCCAGAUGAGAACUUGUCGGGCUCUUCUCGUGGGGGUGGGUGCCUCCAUGAAUGUAUGAGCCACGGUAUACCCGCAGGCGUUAGGUUGGCAACAAACUGGGGAAACCAGCGCCAAUUUGGUAUUGUGGAUGAGGAGGCCUAUGAGAAGGACGCCCCCUUCAGAUUGAAGGGGGUGUUCACAGAAAUCGCUCCAGGGACGACCAUAACUGGGUUCUACGCACAGCAGAAUGACGGUCUUAGUCACUUUGUAAGCCUCGGAGUCGUUUCUGAGGCGAUACAAGAAGUUCCAGGCUCCAUUUCCAAGUGA